AUGGGUCUUCUCGCAGAAAAACAAAGCCGGUCGAGAAUCAGCAAAGACCCCAACAACACAAAGUGGACUCGAAACACCAAGUCCUUCGGGCAGAAGAUUCUACGCGCCCAGGGCUGGGAGCCCGGCCAGUUCCUCGGGGCGCAGAACGCGUCCCACUCGACGCUGCAUACGGCCGCCAACGCAUCGUACAUCCGGGUGGCUGUCAAGGACGACAUCAGGGGCCUGGGCUACAGCAGGGCCAAGGAGGACGAAGUGACUGGUCUCGACGUCUUCUCCGACCUGCUCAGCCGUCUGAACGGCAAGUCGGAGGAGUCUGUCGAGCGCGACGGCCAAGCGCGGCUGGCGGUCAAGACGAACCGAUACGUGGAGGCGAGAUGGGGCCCCAUGCGGUUCGUCCGGGGCGGACUGCUGGUCGGUGAUGAGUUGCGGGCCGAGUCCGCGGAGGGCGAGUCCACGCCCGCGUCUGAGGCCGAUGAGGAGCCUGCCGAGUCCGAAUCCACGAGGAGGGUCAAGAAGAGCAAGAAGCGGAAGGCGAGCGAUCUGGCAGAAGGCGAGACGGAACCGGCGAGCGCAGACGCCGAGAGGACGGAGGGGAGGCGGAGGAAAGAGGAACGGAGGGCUAGAAAAUUAGCUGCGGCGGCGGCGGCAGUUCCGGAAGCAGAGGACACCGCGACGUGCGAGGAAGGCCGGUCGACGAAGAGGUUCAAGGGGGGCAGGGCCAAGUCCAAGGCGGGCUCGGAGGCAGAAGACGAGUCGGUAGACCGCAAGCGAUCCAAGAAGGACAAGAAGGACAAGAAGGAGAAGAAGAAACGCAGGGCAGACAAGGGAGGGAGGGCGGAUUCGAAUCCGAAUCCGAAUCCUACCGCGACAUCAGUUUCGAUGUCGGCGCCCAAUACGGGUACCUCGACGCCUGUUGAAAGCGGCACGGGGACUUCAACACCAAGAGGGAGUCGCAAUCUUGUUCGAUCACGGUUCAUUGCGCAGAAGAAGCAGGCGGUGCUGGACACCAAGGCUCUGGCUCAGAUCUUUAUGGUCAAGACAUGA